AUGUUUUGUUACGCCCUUUUCUUAAAGGAGUGCUAUGUUGGAUAUAAAGAUCCAGCUGCUAUUGGGGAAAAUUAUACUCGACAAGAAGAUUUGAAUUUUUGUUGUAGCAAAAGUUUGUCUGGCACUGGAUUGGUUGCUCUUGCUACCUAUCUAUGUCCAUGUCUUUCUGAUGUCUCACUAGAAAAUGUGGCAAUUCACUACAAAUCUCUUGAAACUUUAUCAUUAUAUUCAGAGUUCGACCAUGACGGAGGCUUUCUUUCUGCAUGCAAAGGAUGGCCUCUUUUGAAUUCUUUGGCCAAAGGAUGUCUUCUUUCAACAUCUGUGAAGCUAGUGUUCAGAAACAUAGAGGUGAGGCUUUGCAAGCUGUUGGAAGUUUUUGUUUAG